AUGCUUAAUGGACAUGAUAUUGAUCUCUCUUUGAAGGGUACCCCUCAUUGGCUGGCACCAGAGGUCUUGCAUGCUAUGAUGCGAAAAGACGCAAACCCUGAGCUAGCCUACGGUGUUGACAUAUGGAGCGUUGGUUGUACGGUUAUUGAGAUGCUCACAGGAAAACCUCCUUGGAGUGAGCUUUCUUGGGUGCAAGCAAUGUUUAGUGUAUUGAACAAAUCACCGCCCAUCCCUGAAAAACUGUCAGCUGAAGGGAAGGAUUUUCUUCAACGGUGCUUUCAAAGACGACCUGAAGAUCGACCCUCGGCAGCUAAGCUGCUCGAUCAUCCUUUUGUAUGCAGUUCACGUGAUCAAACUCAUGCUGGUUUGGUGCUAGGAUUUUCUGGAAUUAGAUUACAUGAUGUAGAGAGUUCAAGCGACUGGACACAGCGGAAUAAGGAUGUGAUGCCAAGUUCACCAGUCACAAAGAUACAAGGAGGAAAAUUGCCACUACUCAAUGGCGAAACUAGUCGACAAGAAAGCUUGGGCCCGGGUCCCACUUCCCACAACUCAGAAAGCCCUUCAAAUGUGGAUAAGAAUUUGUUGUUAAGAGCUGUAAACACCAGUGUGUACACUUUUUCGUGCAAGGGAAAUCUCACUCUACUGAUGCCGAAAAUGACGGAAACGAAGAAACAGAGCUCAAACGCGCAAUGA